GAACCAGUUUAUAAAGUUAUCUAAUACAACAAAAUUUCAACGUCAAAAUCGUAAAUAAAAACAUUGUGGUUUAAAAUUUUCUAGUAGUUGAGGAAAAAUGAAUGCGUCCCAAAGUAUAUUACAUCAGCAUUGCAUAGCCAAGGCUGAUCGAUUGCUGAAUGAUGCUUCAGCUGCCCCCAAUGAAUCUCUUCAAGGUUUUACUCUGUUGAACCCACAUUUGGCACUUCUUGAUAUUGGAAAUACUAUAAUUCGAAGGGACUAUGCAGAAAUUGAACAGGUAAAACUGUUGUCUGGUGGUUGUAGUGGACAUGAACCUUUAUAUUCAGGAUUUGUGGGCAAUGGAUUUCUAACAGCUGCAGUUCAUGGUGAGCUGUUCAGUGCCCCAUCAGCCUAUCACAUAUACAAUAUAGUCAAGGAGCUAGCCUAUCAACAGGAUACUGGAAUAUUGAUUAUAAUACAAAACAAUUCUGGAGACACAUUAAAUUUUGGUUUGGCUGCUGAGAAAGCUUUGAAUGAGGGUAUCAAAGUAAAGCUUCUGAUUGUGUCUGAUGAUUGCAGUGGCUGCGAGUUAAUUUCAAACAGUAAAACAAGUGAUCAGCCACAAGGACUCUCGGGUGUUAUUUUGGUGCAGAAAAUAGCAGCAGCAAUGGCUGAAGAAAAGGAGAAUAGUUAUCUGGAGAUAUACAAGUAUUGUGACGAGUUGCAAAGAGAUUUGGCUACGGUUAUGGUGACGAUGAGAGCAAGCACCGCACCCGAUGAAGACGAGUGCGUCUGCGUGAAGAAUACGAAGAACUACGAGGUGGAGUUUGGAGGAGGUCUUCACGGCGAGGGCGGAUUUAAAACCAUGGUGAUGACUACGACCAAAGCGAUCGUUGCGGAAAUGCUGAACGAGCUAAGGAAGAAGGUGGUUCUCGAUGAUGCAUCAGAUUAUGUCCUUAUGAUGAACAACAUGUGCGUCUCCAAAUUAGAGGAGACUGUGUUUUUGGCUGAAGUGGUGAAGAGUUUUUUGAACAAUAACGUGAGGAUCUUGAGGAUUUACAAUGGAUGCUUCAUGAGCUCAAUGAAUAUGAAGGCGUUGUCUUUGACGAUUUUGAAGUGCGACGAGUUACGGCUCAAGUAUUUGGAUUAUCCGACGGAUGCGGCGGAAUGGAGGGUCGGCAGAUUUGUGGGAAUGUUGGAAACUCCCAUAAAACCCAGGGUGAGAGUGCUGAGGAAUCCCAGAUUAGUAAACAAAGGACCUAAAUUGAUACCAAGGGAAUCCAACGUUUUGCUGCUGGUGCUGCAAUUCGCGUGCGAUGCUUUGAUUUCGUGCGAAAGGCAACUGAACAUCAUCGACGGCGAAUGCGGCGAUGGAGAUACAGGAACAAGAAUUAAAGUCGUGUGCGAGGACAUUCUGGACGGAUUGCGCUUGAAGCAAAUCGACUUGGAGAACGUUUACGUAUUCUUCAAGACGUUAAGUCGUAUCGCCGAGAGGAUUGGCGCGAGUUUGGGUGCCAUUUACGCGAUACUCUUCGAGGCUGCCGCGAAUACUGUUGGCGAAUUGGAGACGGGAUCGCCCAUGGAAUCGCCCAUCUGGAUAUCGUGCCUUUCUAACGCAGUUUCCAAGUUGAAGAGUCACACGAAAACUGUGGAUGCAACGAACAAUAUGUUGGUACCGCUGGUUGCGUGCCUGAUGACAAUCGAGGAGACGUUGGAGCAGCAGGAGGAGCCUGCGAAUCGGUUGCUUGAGGCAUUCGGGCUGGGCGUAGCCGCAGCGGAGGAGGCGGCGCAGAGGACGCGAUUGAUCAAUCGGAAGUUUCCGGAUUCGGGGGCACAUGCUGUCGGGAUUUGGAUGAGGGCGUGCUUCGAGGGAGUCAAACUGCGUUGCGAAUACUAAAAUUGUUAUUUUU